AAACAGAAGCACUAGGAGUUGGUUUACUUCUUGGCGUGGUUACGUUGUUAGAAAGUCAGCUGAAUUGUCCGUCACCUUGAUGAGGUUAACCAGCCUAUAUAAUCGCAGUGUUGCAGUGCAUUUUAAAAUAACAACCUGGAAUGUUUAAUUCUGGCUUCUGUGCAUGUUAAAUACGUGGCCGGAAUGUCGUGGAAUACUUGUGAUCAUUAACGUGGAUGGCGGCGCCCGACAUUUAUUUAAUGAACAUAGGUCUGUGGUUCCUGGCGGACGGGGCGGGACGAUGGGAGGCGGCGGGAGCAAAGACGUCACGUUUUCGCGGGUGAAGAGGAAGACGGCGCCUGUGGCGUCACGGCCUGGUCGUUCCAGGACAGGUCCCUCCCGGCCCCGCCCCAAAGCAUCCUCCUCCAAGCCCCCGGCCAGCAGCAACGGCAGACGCUCCACCGGUCUGUCUGGGGGCUCCACCGGUCUGUCUGGGGGCUCCACCGGUUCGUCUGGGGGCUCCACCGGUCCGUCCGGGGGCUCCACCGGUCCGUCUGGGGGCUCCACCGGUCCGUCCGGGGGCUCCACCGGUCCGUCCGGGGGCACCACCGGUCCGUCCGGGGGCUCCUCCUUCGCACCCUCUUCCUCCCUCUCUGCCCCCUCCCACCCAGCUCCUGUGACGGAGCCUGCCCCCAGCACUGGUGGCACUCAGAUUUUGGUGGCCUUGUAUGACUACGAGGCCAGAACAUUUGAUGACCUUUCGUUCAAAAAAGGGGAUCUGUUUCAGAUCAUUAAUAACACGUAAGUCUCGUCCUGCUUUGGGCUCGGGGGGCGGCUGUACAGGGGGGUA